AAAUCAGGCAUAAAAUUCAAGAUGGAAGCUUAUUCCUAUCAGCAGUCUCCUCCAGGAGAAAGAUCAUCCUCAAUGCUUCGGAACGUGAAUUAUUGGAAGAACAGUAGUUGGAAAACCCUUGAUAAAGCCUCUGACUUCAGUUUAAAAUUCAUGCCAAGCCACUUGUUCACUAAGAAGGUCCAUAGCAGGAAUGAUACAGCUGAGAAGAGCUUUACUACACCUUAUGCUGACUCUUUUGAGAUUACCCCUUCGAAGGUUAGCCUUAAUGGAGCACAACCUGUGAGGUCAUUCUCUGUAAAGAAACAGCUUUAUUCGCAUUUUGAUAAAAAUCUUACCAAUGAAUUUGAUUCCAUGCUCCGAGCGAAGAUGAGGAGAAUCGGAAUGGUCGAAGACAAACGGUCGAGAUCAGUCCAAAGGAACAGUGAUAAGCUGAUGACAGAAAUUGUAAAUUAUGCGAAGAGCUUAAAACCUACCAAAAUUAAAAUAAGAAAGUUUCCAAGAAGUCUUCCAAAGUUGAGGCCAAAUAUAAAAAAUAAGCCACCAGGAAAUGACCAAAAUUGCUCAGCUGAAGAGACAGAUGAGUCUGAAAUGUUACCUGAAGAUAACUCAAAGAUCCUCAUAAUGCCAAAUGUUGUUGGAAAUGACCUUCCUGACAUUGAAAGCUUGAUAUCCCAGCUGAAGAGCAAGAAAAUGAAGGAAUCUAGAAAAGUCCGUAAGGUGAAACCUAUCUACACUACAUAUGAUCCAACCAAGGACGAAGAGGCUACUAAGAAGAGGCUCCUAAUAGAGCAGGGUCCUUUGAAGAAGAACAAGGCUGAUAACUCCAUCAAAGGAAGACAAGAGAAGUUCCUCAAAGUAAUUGAUGAUAUCUCACAGAAUAUGUACCCAGAGAUACUGAAUGACAGCAUGCCGAUGUCAAGGAAGUUUGAACUGGUCAAAAUGAGAUGUGACGCUAAAGCUCGAGCUAUAUCAAAUUGCCUCUCGAAAGAGAUCGACGAGUUCAAAGAAUUCGCACAGAAAUAAUGAUAAAUAAAAAGAAAAGCAAACUUGAUAGAAAGAAUAGCUUCGUGAAGCGAAUGGCACCUGAGCAGAAUGUCAUCAAUGUUACAGCUUGUAUCGAAGAAGAGUCAGAGGCAAAUCAAACAUCAUUUGUGGAUAGGAAUAUGAGUUUUAAUACUAACAACGAUGAUGACUUAUUCUUCAUGAGGAGGAAGUCAUUUAACCCAGAACUGGUGAAUAGACUGAACUCACAAGAGCCAAAUUUAUACACAAAGUCUAAAUUCUCAAGAAAAGUGACUUCGCAGUUAUCUGUUGAUGGAUCAUUUACUCGGAAUUCUAACCAAAAGUCUCCAAGUUUUAAGGACAAUAAGAGUAGUCAGCAUGAAAAUACUGCCAAACCUCAGCCAGUCCUAUAUGGAAAAGCCGCUAUGGACAUGCGCCGAAAGAAACUUCAACGAAAAUAAGGAACUCAAACGGUUAAAGAAAGAGAAAGAGAAACUUGAUAAGGAGCGUCAGAUCAAGCUCCAGCAGAUGAAAGAACAAAUGGAGCGACUAAAAUAUAAAAAUUCCAUAAUCAUAAACGAAAUUAAGCAAAGUUGGUCUCAGGAACGCCAAGAAGUGGAACAAAGAAUUAACCAGCUUGACAACAUCACCGAGAACAAUCUUGAUGCUGACAGCGAAAGUGUUCAAGAUGAAGAAUUUAAGGCUUCUCAGAGAAUCUCACUCAAGAAAAAUAUCUUCAAUAAAAUCGUUAAGAAGAGCAAUACUAGUUCUAAUAGAGAUAGUGAUACGACUAAGAAUAGAUCAAGUCAGUUCUUCCUGACUCAAGAAAAUUUUAAGCCUGAGCUUAAGAAAGAGAUUAGUACAAAUAGCCAAGAUGAUAAAAAUGAUGUCAAGAUUUUAGAAAAAGAGCUUACCAAUGAAGUAUACGGUAAGAAGGAAUUCUUCCAGGUGGUAAAAUAAUGUCCUUAAGAGAGGAGUUUUUACUAAAAUACUCGACAAAAAGCAUCCUGAAAAUCAGAAGAAAUCUAAGUACACGAAGGGGAAUGUUAAGAAUAAGCUGGCUCAAAUGAAGUUUAUACAAAAAUGUAAAGAGGAAAAUGUCUUAGCAGUUCCUGUUAUCAACAAGCUGAAGGAUAAAAAGCUUAUACUAGAGAACUAUAGGAUGAACGAGGGCCUUGCAAAAGCACUAGAAGCUGCAAUAGAAGAGCUUGCAGAGUACCUAGAAGUGCUUGCCCUUAAGAGCAAUGAUAUGAACGAUGCUUCACUAGCUAGUAUAAUAAAGGGAGUAUGAACAAAUCCAUAUGUAACCACUAUUAAGAUAGAGAAUAAUAAACUUGAAGAAGAAAGUGCGAAAUCUCUUAAAAUUUUGCUAAAUGAGUUUGACGAAGAUCUUGGAAAAAGAAAGAAAUCUCACAUAGAAUCUAUCUCACUCCACGACUGUUUUAUGAGACCAAUGAAUGCUGAGAUUCUGACAUCUUCCCUUCCAGAUAAUAGAACUAUUAAAGAGCUGGUCUUGACAACAGUUAAGUUGACAAAUUUAAGCAUAAAGAAUAUAUGUACUUUUAUUUGUGAAAAUUAUAAGUAAAUUUUACAAUAAUCCUUUUAGCUUAAAGAAGUUAGAUCUCUCUUGGAACGAAAUCGUCAUGUCAGAUCUUCAAGAUCUUACUGAAGCAAUUGGGAGUGUGACGAAUAUACAAUUUCUAAGCUUGGCUGCAGUUCCUUUCAGUGGUCCAAACAAUCUCAAAAUGGUAGCCAAUCUAAGUACAAUAUUGAGAAAAUCAUUAGUUCAUUGAGAUUUAAGUGGUUGUAACUUGAGCCACAAAUGCUGACUUAUCCUAGCUAAAGCUAUGCGAUACUCGCGAACAUUGGUUGCUAUCCAUCUCUCUGCUAACAACAUGUCACCUCUUACAAAAUCAGAAAUGGAGGACAUCUCAACUGGGAAGUCUUCUGAAAAGAAAGGCAGCGACAUCAUAAACACAUUCUUAACUAUGAUCAAGAAGUCUUCUUCUGAUAACUACAAAAUCAAGGCUAGCAUUCAGAGGCAGAAGAGACUCCAGAGAACCAGUGCGACUAAAGAAAAUGAUGGUGUCAAAGGCACCAUUGACGACAGAGUCGUCUUCAAGCGUAUUUUAGGACACAUAGAGAUCCAAGGCAGCCACAAGUGGGCAAUGACCAACCGAUGCUGGGUUUGAGAGAAAUGGAAUUAUAGUGUCAUUAUUGUGAACAAAAUGAUCGCUAACAAGUUCAUGAGCAAAAGAUUUGACCAGUAUGAAUAUAGACAAACAAUUGAAAAUUCAAGGAAAAGAGAAGAAAUGGCUGUUGUUGGGAAUACACCUGAGAUUUCUGGCAAAUUUUCGUCUUGGGAACCAAGGAAAAUGAUGCCUAUUUUUGAUUACUGUGAGUACAUCUCUAGAAAUGGUUUACCAUCAACUAGAUUCUACGUCGAAGCAGAUGGGUCAAUGUAUAAUAAACUUGCUAGAGCAUUUACUCGUGAUAUCCAGCUUAUUAUGAGAAAGAAAUUCUGUCUUAAGAAAGUAGAAAAACCAAUGGUUUACAAGAUCAGAGAUGCUAUAAUUGCUGAGAAGAAAGCCAAAGAGGAGGAAGAGCAGAAAAUACUUGAAGAAAUCAAGAAAGCUCAAAAGAUAGAGAAGAAAGUUACGGAAAAUAGCGGUUCAGACUUUAAUAAAGACCUAAAAAUCGAGUCUUCCAAAAAUAUUGAAAAGGUAGAGGAUGUAAAGGCUGAAGCUCAGCUUGAAGAAAACUCUGACGAUGACGACGAAGAGAAAUUUUCAUUUGAAAAAUGGAUGGAGAUCGUUAGGAAAUAUUUGGUAAAAGAGAAAGCAAUCCAAGUUUUCAACCUCAAGGAUAUAUCAAAACUUCAUUAUCACAGUUACUCUCUCUCCAAAGAGUCGAUGAAAAGUGAUCAUUUUGAGAAAGAAAAGCUCAUAGAAUCUAAUAACCUGUUAACUGGAGCUGGAUUCUAUGUUUUCUCAGAUUAUCUCCCUCCUGCCAGGCAUGAGUUCUGAGUUAACCUACAGCCAAAUAGUGCAUCAAUGGAUGAUUUCUACCACCUUGACUUCGUAGUACCCUUCAGGGAUGGUGAAUAUAAAGUAAAAGAGAAGUGUGUGAAGAAAAGAAUGAUUCUGCACAAAUUUAUCAAAAGAAAUAGUGUAUUCAAGGCUUGGAAAGAGGAUACCCAUGAUCGUCUCUUGCGUGCCUUUGAACUGGAUAUGGCCCAUUCUAAGAUUUCCAAAUUCACUGGCCCAAAAGAGAUCUAUGAAGAAGUGACUGAUCUUCUAUACAGACAUACAAGCAAGAUUAAGGACUUGUUCACAUACGGAAUUGGGAACUCUUCAUUUCCAAGUAUCUCCUGGCUGGAUUUCUGAGAUAUGUGCAAAGCAUGGAAAAUCGUAGAUAAAAACCUGAACUUCUCUACUAUAGAUAGGGUUUUCAUCGUUACCAACUUCGAAGAGGUUGAACAAGAAGAUAACCCAGACAGGGAUUUGUGUAGAUAUGAAUUCUAUGAGAUCAUCGCGAGGCUAGCCAGAGAGAAAUAUUUUAACACUAAGAUCUGCAACUCACUUGCAAGUGCGAUUGAUAAGUUCCUUGAGGAUAUUUACGCCCAGUGAGAGCAUUAUUGGUCAUGGCAAAAGUGGAGGGAAGAGAAGCUAUGGACUUUCAGAGUUGACGAUCUCUUAAAGGCGAACCUCCCAGCACUGAAGAAGGUCUAUAAAUCAUACCAUAACCAAGUAAAGAAGUGGAUGGACCUAGAUGAUGUGGAAGACCUUAUGGUAAGAGCUAUGCCAGAAGUAGCCAAUACUGCCGAGAAGGCUAAAACUGACGAGAGCAAAUUUAAUGAGAAGCUCAAGUCUGCAGAGAAAGGAAAGGGUCAAAAAGAAGAUAAGGAAUCCUUCAAGCCAAAGAAUAUAGUGGUUUUGUCAUAUUGCUAUUGUAAGAUGACAGUAGUUGAUGAGAUGGGUGGAGAUAAGGAUAAUUAUGAUAAGUUAGAAUUUGUAGAAUUUUUGGAGUUUAUUGGAAGAAUUGCCAAUACUCUAGAGCCUCUUGACCCAAAGAACAGACUCGUAACUAAAAUUGAAAAGGUGCUUGAAAAGAUAUUCGCUCUGUUUGGAGAAAAAGUAAAACCUGCAGAAUCUAAUGUUGAAGCAUACUCUGAGUCGGAUAGUGAACCUUACAAACAUUAAUAUUCAGCAAUUAA